UGAAGGAGAAUUGAAUCAAAUGAAAGCAGCAGCCUGAUUAUGCAUACUGCACGGAGGAAGGGUUCAUCAACCACAUAUGGAGGUACAGAUGCAGAGAGGCUGAGCUCACAUCCUGGACCACUCAGGGGUCUCUUUGGGUUCACUCUUCCUUGUGUACAUGCAGCUGAUAUUGCCUCCAUACAAACCAGCAUCAGUUCCUUGCCACAGCACAUAGGCAAGCCAGAGUUCCCUGACACAGGAUGGGACCGCAUCAAAGAUAUUUUCUUCAUGGGUGAUGGUCAGAUGUACUCGGAGGAGUUAAGAAGUAUAGUUAAGAGUGGCAUUGCUGCAGCCAUGGUGGGGAUGGUCUAUGGAGGCCUACCUGGAGCCAGACAUGCCCGGGAGAGAUUCAUACAGCUCAGCAAGGCUGAAAUUUACCAAAACAGAAUGGAUGCAGUGCGAUCUGCUCAUAAUGCAGCUAUUCGAGGUUUUGUGCGCUUUGGCUGGAGGUGGAGCUGGAGAGUAGCAGCGUUUGUGACCUUGUUCAACACUGUAAGUACAGGCCUGACAGUAUACAGAGACAAAAAUGAUCUGAGCCAUUUCGCCGCAGCAGGUGCUGUCACAGGAGGAGUUUUCCGGCUGAAUCUGGGAUUUAGAGGGCUGCUGGCUGGUACUGCCAUUGGAGGUGCAUUGGGGCUGCCAGCUGGAGUUUUAAUCAUGGGCCUGCAGAAGCUUGGGGGUGAGACCUUGUGUGACAAGAGGCGACGAGAAAGGAGGGAGUUACAUGAGCUGAGAGUCACUGAAUGGAAUGCUCGUCUGAAGCUUACAGAUGACCUCACUGGAGAAAUCAGUGGGCAAGAUCAUGAUGCUGAUAUUGACCUUCAACGAAUAGAAGAGCUGCUUAAUCAACAUAUGAACGAGAUAGGAGCACAGGGCUCUGACAACAAUUGACAUUACAAACUUGAAAGUGUUACUGGGCACUGGCAGAGGCGCAAUGGAAGGUGAGAGAGGGGCACUAUUGUAAGUGUUGCAUACAUUGUCGAAAAUGGGUAGUUGCACCCCUGGACACAGGUGCCCAAAAACUGCAUUUCUGAAUUCUCAGAAAAUUUUUGUUGUGGCUGAACUUGCCCCAAACUUAAGCCUGUAAAUUAAAACUCUUUGUUGAAAAUUGUAAAUCUCAUAAACCUGCUUGCAGUAUUUGUGUAAAUGUAUCAUCGUCACUGUGAUAAUUAUUUUCAAAUACAGAUUUUACCUUAAUUUUACUGUACUCAUGUCCUUGGCUGUGACAUGAGUACAUCUUCAUGAUGCAAUAAGAAAAAAAUAAACCAUUUGGGAUAAGGCGUUUGCAUUUACAACUAACAACAUGGAUAAGUGUUUCUUUAGGUUUCUAUAAUUGAGGAUUUGACUGUACUAGUCUGAGCAGUUAACAAAUGUUAUUUAUUCUACACCACUGAGGUAUGAGAUGUGAGGUAUGUUUUUAGAUAUAAAAACAGAAUGUCAAAACUAAAAAAUAAAUCAAAUAAAAAAUACUACGAGAACACGCGGAUAAUUUUGCGAUAGGUAGGUAUCAGUUUACGGCUCUCCCCAUUCAUUUGUAUGGUAUCCGCAAACGGUGACUUACUGUCGUAACAUGUUAGUUGACAGUUGCGCUAGACAUAAUAAAUACAAUAUGUAUUUAUUAUGUCUAUGGUUGCGCUCAUAUUGUCACUACUCGAUCCGUACCUGAAACACGAUUGGUACUGCGCAUGUGCGAAAAUGCGUCUACUUCCUUUCUGAAGUAUGUCGAAACAAUUUACGGCAAUUGUGAACAGUAGUUAUUUGAGAAAAUUGUUAUGUAUAUUUUGAUAAGUCACUUGUGAUUUGUAUCCUUUUUUUUUU